AAUCAAGUUACUCAACUCUACCUGGUGAAAAUGGAUAAAUAUACAAAAUUAUUAGUAAUUUAAUUAUCUCUAGGGUUGACUUUUAUUGUUAAUGUUAUUUAUUUAAUUAUCAAUUGCUUGAUCUGAUCAUUUCGCAUCAACUGCCCUCUACACUCAGCUUUUUAAGUUGAGUUUAAUCACUCUAUUGAGUGAACUGUUAUUACGCUUUGUUUACUGUGGAUAGCACGAAUCAUGAGCCUUCGUUUUUUCAUCACACACUGGUCAAUUCCAUUAACCAUCCAUUUCAACCGUCUUUUAAUCGUUUUAUUUUUUUCUCUUAACCUAUGGAUCGUUAAAGGUGAAAUUGAAGUGAGGAACAGCCAAAAUGUAACUAUAGAAGUCUUAAAUGACUUUGAAAUGAGUUAUGGUAAGCCUGUGCCUUUGGAAGGUAUCAAUGCCCGUCUGGUUCUGGCACAACCUGAAUAUGCCUGUGAACCAAUUGCUGGUCCUCCAAAGAAUUUUAAUGACACUAUGAAAUGGUUUGUAUUAAUAUACCAGUACCCUUGUAACAUUCGCCAGAAGAUGAGUUAUGCAUUACAAGCUGGAUUUGAUGGUGUUAUCAUUGUGGUACGUGAUCCUGUAAGGAAAUUGAAUUUAACAUCACUAGCUGUCAAUCCUGACCACAAUAACAGUUACAAUGGUUUCUACGAUUAUGUUGACCCAUUGUUCAUUUCACCUAUUGGUUCCACUUACCCUAUACAAGCACUGUUGAUUUCCAAUGCCGAUGGAUCUUUACUGAUUAAUGAUUACACUUACGACAAAGAUUAUCAUGUCUUCAUUACUUCCAACCUGCCAUUUGAUAUAAAUACGUAUCUUAUGCCAUUUGUCAUCAUAAUCGGCCUCUGUAUAAGUGUGAUGUUCUGUUUCAUGGUUUUGCAGAUUAUUAGGUGCAUACGUAACCAUCGCAGAGGAAAUAAACAUCGAUUAAAGAAAAAAUAUCUCAAGCAAAUCCCAACAGCAAAAUAUCGCAAAGGAGAGCAGUUUGACACUUGUGCAAUUUGCCUGGAUGAAUACAUUGAAGGAGAAAAAUUGCGAGUCCUGCCUUGUGGACAUUCAUACCACAUGAAAUGUAUCGACCCAUGGUUAACUAAAAACCGAAAAGUUUGUCCUGUUUGUAAGGGUAAAGUAGUAUUACCUGGAAUGAGCGAGGAUAGCGACUCAGAAAGGGAGGCGGAAGGAAAUGAAGACAGUGCCAAUGAAAGAACACCUCUAAUCAAUAAUUCCAAUUCAGAAGCAUCCACCUCUACACAUAGACUAACUGGUCACAGAUCGUCAUUGUCUAGGUUUCGUUAUAUUGAUCGUAGUACCCAAGUUAACCCAUCAAAUCGUAACUCAUCUAUACUUACCAGUGUGGAGGCUGAUAUCACACCCAUCACAUUGGCUCCUGAACAUUCUGUUAACUGUGCUAUCGAUUCCGAACCUGUAUCGGGAAGCACCACAAAUAAUGCCAAUCGUCCUUCUAGAAAUCGCCAGACUGUCAGUCAAAUUAAUAAUAAUGGUAACACUAGUAACACCUUGAGUGAAACUAAUGGUUUAAGUAAUGGAGCCUCAUCGAGUGUGCGAAAUACAAUAACACAGUCUACUAAUACAAAUCGUUCAACAACCAAUCAUGAUAUUAUUGUUUGAAAAAGAUAUACAACAAAGCAAAUAUUAGCUACCAGGUGAUGAUGUUGAUACAUUUUAAAAUUUGUAAUAUUGUAAAAAUCUCAACACUUAGAGAACUAAAUCAAGGAGAAAAAAAAUGUUCAAUCACACCAAUCCAAGAAAUCAGGAGAUGAAAGCUAAGCUCACCAUUUUUCUACUCCGACAGUCAUUGGCCCAUCCAUUGUUUUCUUUAUUUUUUUCAUUUUCCAUGAAUUGUUUAUUUUAACAAAAAAAAGAGUUGAUUGUGAAUUCUCUGCCUUUUGAAAGAAUUGCUCUCACCUCUGUAUAGUCAUUCAAUGAAAUGUUAAUCUCUCAUCAUUGUUGUAAAAAUUUUUAUAUUAAAUUUUUUUUCUCUCCUAAAGCAAAAUUAUAUCAUGUAAUGUAAACCACAUUGUUGUUAUUAUCACACAAACUAUUUCAUCUUACUAGAGAGCUAAAUCACAAGAAAAAUAAUGCUAAACCUAUUUAAUCAUGAAGUACACAUCAUUGUCCGAACUUAUAAAUAAAUUCUUCAUCCUCAUCAA